UCAACGGCAUUCCCACCGACGGCGACGCCACUGCACCGAUGCUGAAGACAGUCAACGGAAACGGAACGGCUGCCAGCGUGGGUAACCAGAAAGCUCAAGUGUACAAUCCGGCGAAUCGUCCGGUGUACCGUCCGCAACCGUACACUCGCCGUCAACGCCACCGAUCACGGCCGAGCUGCCGCCGCGUAUGCUGCUGCUGCUGCUUCUGGUCGAUCCUCGUCAUACUGAUCCUCGCUCUCAUUGCUGCAAUCGCCGGCACAGCUCUGUACGUGAUCUACCACCCGCGUCCGCCGUCGUUCUCCGUCCCGUUGCUCCAAAUCGGCCGCGUUAACCUAACUACCGCCGCCGAUUCCUCCGUCUCACACCUCUCCUCGCUCUUCAACUUCACAUUAAUCACCGAGAAUCCCAAUCAGCUCCUGACCUUCUCCUACGAUCCCUUCACCGUCGAGGUCUUCGCCGCCAAAUCUGGAGUCCUACUCGGGAACGGCACCACUCCGGCGUUGUUCAGCGACAACGGGAACACGACGACGUUACGAUCGGUGAUCGCGGAGUCGACGGAGGCGCGUGAGCUGUUUCCGGAUGAGGCGCGUGAGCUGAAGUCAGAUCUGACGCGCCCGCGCGUGGGGAUAAUGAUCGGGAUGAAAACGACGGUGAAGAUGCAGAUGGGGAAGCUGAAGAGCAAAGGCUUGGAGAUCAAGGUCUCGUGUGAAGGAUUCCAAGGAACGAUACCCAAAGGUAAAAUUCCAACCAUUGCUUUAACUUCUGGGAAAUCCGCGUGCAAGGUCCAUCUCAGGGUGAAGGUCUGGAAUUGGCGCCUCUGAUCUAGGACUAGGGGAAGUGAAUUUCAAGAUUUGAUUAAAUUUGGGGUCGUUUUAUAAUUAUUUUUUUCUCCGGAUAAAUGAUCCAAACGAUAUUAUUUAAUUAUCGAAUAUUUUAGUAAAAUUUCCAAAGCGGAAGGAAUUCAUUGCUUCUAGAAUUUCCUACUCUUUUUGUUUUAUUUUGGGAUUAUUCUGAUCUGUUGUAAUAUUAUGGAAUACUAAUAAAACUAUUGCAACAUGAGAA